UCUCAACGCUAAUAAUGGAAGUUAAGGGCGGCGAAAUAAGGGUCCCCAAAACUUCAAAUGAGGUCUUGGAAGUUAAAAAGGGCUUUUAUACGGCAUUUAAGAUUAAGGGAACGAUAGGUGCUGUUGACUGCACGCACAUAGGCAUAGUCGCUCCAUCAUCAACAGACCCAAGUAACCCUCUAUGUAUGUAUAUGAACCGGAAAGGUUUCUACAGCAUUAACGUAGAGGCUGUAUGUGAUCAUCGUUUGCUGUUCACGGCUAUAAAUGCAAGAUUCCCAGGAUCCUGCCACGACUCCGGUAUUUGGACUACAUCCCCAACACGCCUUCAUCUUCUAAGAACACAUAGAAUCCAGUGCGAUAAUUGGUUGUUAGGGGACCAGGGUUACCCACUGGAACCAUGGCUUCUAACUCCAGUGGCAGAGCCAUCGAAUGCAAAAGAAGUGACAUUCAACAUCCUACACGCAAAGGCUCGAAAUUGCGUAGAAAGAGCUUUCGGUGUUCUGCAAUCAAGAUUUCGGUGCUUAGCAAAGCACCGUAUUUUGCAUUAUUCCCAUGAGAGAGCCGGGAAUAUUAUAUACACAACAUUAUUUUGA